GUGAGAGCAGCUAGAGAGGGAGCCACAGCACAGUGAAAGAGUGUGUGUAUGAGCCUGCCUGCCUUCCUGCUUGCUUGCCUGACUGACUGUGUGUGUGUGUGUGUGAGAGAGAGAGUCAGGGAGCUUGUGGAUACUACUCCACCAGACUGCAUGUCUCUGGCAUCACUAGGGGAGCAGUCCACACAUUACAGAGACAGCCUAUACCAGGCCUAGCUGAGAAUCUCUAUCAUGGCGUCCAACAACACAGCAAGCAUCGCCCAGGCCAGGAAACUGGUAGAGCAGCUGAAGAUGGAGGCCAACAUUGACAGGAUAAAGGUGUCCAAAGCAGCAGCAGACUUAAUGUCGUACUGCGAAGCCCAUGCCAAAGAGGACCCACUCCUGUCGCCGGUGCCCGCAUCCGAAAACCCUUUUAGGGAGAAGAAGUUCUUCUGUGCCAUCCUGUAAACGGGGUGUGGUUUAUUUGGUCUGACAGGAAGUCUACUCAUCUUGGGACAUUGAACGAGGACGUUCAAUAUGUAGACAUCUUCUAACAGAAGGGCAUGGAGGAGUAGUACUGUCUCUUUCUCUACAAUGGAAGUUAAAGCAGGCAUUUAAAAACCACAGAGUAAGACGUAACCAUUUACAGCGGUCUGAUCUGACCUGAUCUGAGGGCUGUUGUUGAGGGCUGUGCAGCAUGUUUGAUGGAUCCAUCCGUGUAGUCAGAGGACAACCGAAGAUAGUAUGGUUAUCCACCCAGAAACAUGAUGGACAACCAAUCAACCAAGUCUUCAGGUUGUGUUUAAAAUAAAAAAGAAUGAAGGAAAAAAACUAAACAAAAAAUAUUUUGUGGUUCUUUUGGAACAUGAAAUCCAAGUGUUACAUUAAAUGAUGGGUUGGGUAGGGUAGGGUAGAUGAGCUGCUUACUACCAGAUACUAACGCCUGUUUAUCGGAAUGUUUUUAUUUUUGCUGUUGUUUAUUUUAUGCAGAUUUUGAUUCUGAGAUGAAUUGGUUUGGCUAUAUCACUUAGACAACUUUCUAUACUGUAUGUGAUUACUGAAACAGCUAUUUUAACUUUCUUUCUUUCUUUUUUUACAUCGUUAGAAUUGGUGAAAGCUGUUGUAAUGGAAAGUUUGGACGUUCAAUUAAGUGAUAUUCUUUACAGACAUGUUUCUUUAAACUUCUUCUGAGAGAAGUAUACAACAUAUAUAUCUGGCAAUGUGGUACAGUAUGUGUUUCCUUCAGAUACAAGCUCUCUUUUUACUAUUUGUAUAAAAAUACUAGCAAGUAAACUGUGUUGUGCUGUGCGUUCUGAAUGUUUGUGUUUAUCAUUAAUAAUUGCAUGAAAUUAACUAUUUUUUAAUUUUAUUUUUAAUGUGGGGAUUGUAUGAACGAGGCAGCCUCCAUCUGGCAGUGCCAACUGUAUUAAAAGGAUAACAAUGACUC